ACCUGUCCUGGUCCCCUCACCUGGAUGGGGCAUCUCAGGAAGCCUCAGGGUACACUUGCUGCACCGUCAUGGACACCAGAGUUAGCUGGGCCCUAGAAGGGGCUGUUCCACUUCCUGUGGAACUGCUGAUGUGACAACCCUGUGACAGGCAGGACUGAUGUAGGCAAAGCCACACCCUGUGUGUCUGUCUGUCCUGUGGUCACAGUAGGCCCUCCGCCUGCCCAGCUGCAACCAGAGAAAGGAGACACCAUGACUCCCACCCUCACAGCCAUGCUCUGUCUCGGGCUGAGUGUGGGCCCCAGGACCCGAGCCCAGGCAGGGACCCUCCUCAGACCCACCAUCUGGGCUGAACCAGGCUCUGUGAUGCCCUGGGGGACAUCUGUGACCAUCUGGUGUCAGGGGAGCCUGGAGGCCCAGGAGUACCACCUGUAUAAAGAGGGAGAGUCAAGGGUCUGGGACAGACAAAAGCUGAUGGAGCUCCGGGACAAGACCAAGUUCUCCAUCACACACAUGACAGAUGUACAUGCAGGAAGAUAUCACUGUAACUAUUUCAGUCCCACUGGCUGGUCAGAGCCCAGUGACCCCCUGGAGCUGGUGGUGGUGACAGGAUCCCAGGGCAAACCUAGCCUCUCAGCCCUGCCCAGCCCUGUUGUGACCUCAGGAGGAAAUGUGACCCUCCAGUGUGCCUCAUGGAUGGGAUUCCACAGGUUCGUCCUGAUGAAGGAAGGAGAGAGCCAGCCCUCCUGGACCCUGGUCUCCCAGUCAGUCCCCACUGGGGGAACCAAGGCCCUGUUCUCUGUGGGCCCCAUGACGCCCAGCGUCACGUGGACAUUCAGAUGCUAUGGCUAUUACAGCAACACCCCCCAGGUGUGGUCGGACCCCAGUGACCCCCUGGAGCUGCUGGUCUCAGGUGUGUCGGGAAAGCCCACCCUGCUGACUCAACAGGGCCCUGUCGUGACCUCUGGACAGAGCCUGACCCUCCAGUGUCACUCUGGACAGCUGCCCUACAUACCCUCCCUCUCAGUGCAGCCGCGACGCAUGGUGGCCCCAGGAGAGAAUGUGACCCUGCUGUGUCAGUCACAGAGCUCUGUGGACACUUUCCUUCUGUCCAAGGAGGGGACAGCCAAUCCCCCACUGCGUCGUAGAUCAAAGUCCCGAGCUGGGCAGCACCAGGCUGAAUUCUCCAUGAGUCCUGUGACCUCAGCCCACAGGGGAACCUACAGGUGCUACGGCUCUUCCAGAACCUCCGCCUACCUGUUGUCACAGCCCAGUGACCCCCUGGAGCUGCUGGUCUCAGAAGCAGCUGGCACUGUGAGCCCACCCCAAAACAACUCAGACCCCAGCAGUGCCUCAGACUCCAGAGAUUACAUGGUGGAGAAUCUGACCCGCAUGGGCGUAGCUGUCUUGAUCCUGGUGGUCCUUGGGAUUCUGCUGCUAGAGGCUCAGCACAGCCAGAGAAGGACCCCAGACACAGCCAGGAGCUAAACAGGAGGGGGAACAAAGCCUCCAUCCCAUGUGGCAGAGCUGUGGGCAUGCAUCCCAGGUGCCCAGAGGCGUCUGUAGGAAAACCUGAAGCUCACCCUUGUUGAUCUGUCUGCUGACAACAUCAAGGGGGUGCAUGGUUCAGAUGCAGGACAUGUCUGGCCUGCUCCCUGUCCAGGACUCGUCCCCCAUGACCUGUGGUGCUUUCCCUCCUGCAUUAUUGGACAUCCUGGUCUUGCCCCUCCUUCCUCAUCCCUGAGAGUUGAGGGUUUGUAACACAAGGCAGUGCUGACUCAUAAUUUCCUAGAGAGGCAGCUCUGGUCCACCUUCGUGGGAUACAUUUUCCUUCACUUUCCAUUUCCACCUUCCCUGAUGUGCGCUAUUGUCCUCCAUCCCUCAGCCAAAAAUACAGACUCUGCUUUCAUAAGUAAA